UCUCUUUUGAUAGUUCUACUAUGGAGUUAGAACAAAAAUUGAAAACAGCAGUACCUUUAUUGUCUGAAGGAUUUUUGGCACACUGGGUGCCGAUACUGAAUCAAAUUGAAGAACAAUUAGAUGAAUUAAAGGAUAAACAAAACCUUCUCAUGGAAGAAUUGAAAGAUACAAAUACAUUAAUGGAAAACCAAGAAAAUUAUGAAUAUAUAGCGUUAAGUUUUUCCAAACUUCCUCAAUAUCACACCAAAUUACAAAAUAUACGUAAUACUAUGGUAACAAUGUUAUCUCGAUCAAAAAAUAUGAAACAACGAGUUGCCCAACUUAAAUUAUUUAAGGAGCAACAAUUGGCACAAAUUGCCAAAAUACAUCAACGUGAAAGAACAUUUGAUCAAACUGUUUUAGCAGCAAAAGUUGUCGAAAAUAAUCCUAUUGAACAAAAAGACGAUGCACCUUCAACUGUAACAGAGAUAUCAUCGACUAUAACUGAGGAUAAAGAUAAAAAUACUGGAGAAGUUGAUGAAUAA